AUGAGUCUAUUCAACUCUGUCGUUCAAGCUCAAGCACUCACAUCAACAGUCUUAGAUCUAAUCUCCUUUAUGCUGUCGCUAUCAUCCAUAUACCAGGAUAGCGGCUUGAAUUAGUGUUCUCUUCAUGGUAUACAAUUUAAUACCACACUCGCAGAUGGUCCGAAGAUGACUAGUUAUACUGAAGCUGGUGACGGUAAUGUUUUCACAAUCUGCAUUCUCUCUCGACUCAUUCGUCGAAGACUGAUCAUGGUCCUGCGUUUCAUUUAUAUUAGACUUUUCAACGUGCGAAUAUUCCAACAGUCAUUCGGAAUACUCUGGAAGCCACGGCUUUCAAGUUCCGAUGACACGAAAGUCACUCUCAAAUCAACUUCACCUUGCGUGCGGAACGUUUCUUGCUGUCCUGAUAAAUAUGUCCUUUCGGACUGUCUUCUACCGCGAGAAGUGUCAGUUCAAGGUUUGACAGGUCCACAUGCUUACUCCGCUGCGCAGCCCGGGUUAGUAUCCAGGGUUGCGAAUCUGCUUCACUGUUGCCACCCUCAAGCUGCGAAAUUGGAACAUUUGGGCUUCGGAUUCUUUGGAGCUAAAUCAACGCCAACGUACAUGCAAGUUUCAGCUCAUCCGAUGACAAUAUCAAUCUUUUCCGGUACCCCAGGCAAUGUUACUCUUUCUGAUAGGACAUUUCUCAGUGAUUCUAUGCUCACCGUACUGCCCGACUUGACUUCACGAACAUUUAAGCAGAUAUAAUGCGAAAUCUGGACAGGUGUCAUUUAUUCUUAGGUCUUAGUGGCUGAAUUCUGCGAUAAACAGGGCGGUAACUAUGCGAUACCUAUAUCUUGUUGUAAUCGGAGAAUUGGUUUGGGUCAGCCUGUCGAAGGAUGUCAUUUAUGUGCGAAUUCUGCGCCUAUCAACUCAUUCUUGUUUCUAAGUGCAUAGCUCUACUCACAUUCUCAUCUAGGUAACGAGAUGUAAGAUGUCGUCUCGAUGAAGAUGCAGAGACCAUCCUUGUUCCUCAAGAAGUCGCUAU